CCGAGCGUGUGCCGGGAGGGAGAAGGCGGGCGGCGGCGAUGCUGCCGCUUUCCUAAGGAGCGCCGAGGAGGUUGCUGCGCUUGAGGCCCCAGAAAGCGCGGAGCAGCUGCGAGCUGGGGCCGGUGGCUCGGGCGCCUGCCCGGCCAUGGUGGCUGCGGGCGGUGGUUGGCGCGGCAGCGCUGCGGCCCGGGGCCGUGCGGGGCCGGGACAGUCGCGGCGCUGACGCCCGAGGGGCCCAGCCACAGAUAUGAAGCGGAGCCGCUGCCGCGACCGACCGCAGCCGCCACCACCGGCCGCCCGCCGGGAGGAUGGAGCUCAGCGGGCGGCGGAGCUGCCCCAACCCCAGCCCUUGCCGUCGCGCCGGCGAGCGCCUUCUGGGCGGCAGCUACUGGAGGAGCGGACCGGGCCCUCGGGGCCCGAGGUGAAGGAGCAGGAUGUGGUAUCUGGACUUAGUCCCCUGCUUUUCAGGAAGCUCAGUAAUCCUGACCUGUUUUCAUCCACUGGAAAAGCUAAACUUCAACGACAACUUAGUCAGGAUGACUGUAAGUUGCGGAGAGGAAGCCUGGCCAGUUCUCUGUCAAGUGAGUAUCUAAUUUUUUAA